CUCCAUACUCUCUACGAUACCUUCACUCACUUACAGAAGGAAUUUACCUCUAUCUCCUGAUAUUUUUUUUUUCUUUAUUUGGUAAAUUUUUGGAUUUUUAGAUUGUGCUAUUCUGCAUUUGGCAUUCAGGGUUAUUUACAUUUGCUAGCAUACCUGGCAUACUUCGGGGAAGGGAAUUAGGUUUACUUUUCAUAGAAGAUUCCUUUCACAAAUAAGUAGAAUGACUUCAAUUUCGACAAUCGAACAGCUCGAUCUGGUAAAGCUACUGGACCGCUGUGACUCUUUCCAUAACAAUUUCAUCUCCGGAACAAUUCCAUUUUACCUGAAUGAUGCUGUCAUCGGCUACAUUAUCCCAGAGGUUAUUCAAGAGUUAGUAAAAUUCGAUAGCUUCGUUUACGAUUGGAUAUAUAAGCCCGGGAAAUCGAUACAACUGAACGCAACAGAUUUUGAGAAGCGAUCUUCCAUUUUAGAAAAGAUUCUCAAAGUUUGGAAACAAUCGAAUCUUUUUGGCGUGGCUGAUCAAUGGCGAAAUGAAUUAUAUAGCGUCUUUGGUCCCAAUGGUGAAGUUGCUUUUGCCGUGGAACGAGGUGGAUACUGGCUUUUUGGUUUUGUUAGCUAUGGAGUCCAUUGUAACAUUUAUGUUCCUCCUACACCAACAACUCCUAUGUGUCUAUGGGUUCCCACGCGUUCGUCCACCAAGCAAACUUGGCCUGGCUAUCUCGAUAACAGCGUUGCAGGAGGAAUCAGCCAUGGUGACUCAAUUGUGGGGACUAUGGUAAAAGAAUGUCUGGAAGAAGCAAACUUGAGUGUCUCGCAUUCUAGUUUACGUUCCCGUGGUAUUGUCUCCUAUAUCAAGUUUUCCCAGAAGAAAUGGUACCAGCCGGAGUUACAAUACGUAUUCGAUGUUCCGAUCGACGAGAAUACAAAGUUGCGGCCAAAUGAUGGAGAGGUUGCAGAGUUUCAUCUUUGGACCUUGGAUCAAGUUAUCCAAGAAUUAGCCGCGGGGAAUUUCAAGCCAAAUUGUGCUCUUGUGAUUCUUGAUUUCUUAAUGCGACAUGGCAUUUUAAGUCCAGAACAUCCUCAAUAUUACGAAACAUUUCAGCGGAUACACAGAAAUCUUCCUCAUCCAAUUGGCAAGUAUAAGAAAAGCAAAAAUCAUGAUGCAUCAGCAGUCAGCACGAGCGUGAAUCCUCCUCCCAACGAAUUAACAGAGUCUCAGCAUUUUGACCCAUGUGCUACCUGGUCUGAAAGACUCAAUGAACGUGAUUACAACUAUAAAUAUGCCAUUUUAAUUUUGAACCGCUCAAUUAGUAUUUCUGAUAAUCGUUUCCAUCAUCUUUGGGAUAAUGCAAGCCUUCGGAUAUGCGCGGAUGGCGGAUCGAAUCGUUUAAAAAACUACGAUCCUACAUUGAAGCCUGACAUUCUUGUGGGAGAUUUUGAUUCUUUGACGAAUGAGACACGCGAGCACUACAAGCGAAUGGGUGUUCAAAUACUCCACGAUCCUGACCAAUACUCUACAGAUUUUAUGAAGGCUCAGAAGGUGAUUCAAGAAAAUGGAAUAUCUGUCAUUUUCACUUUGUGUGGCAUGGAUGGACGAGUUGACCAUGCUUUGGGGAACCUAAAUCAUCUUUAUUGGUCGUAUGCAAAGCAUAAGGAAACUCAGCUUUACAUACUGUCCGAAGCAAACGUGACUUGGCUACUACCUUCAGGAGAAAGUUCUAUAAACUGUGGCACCAUUGUAAAUAAGCAUUGUGGCAUUCUUCCUGUAGGUCGUGACGCUUUUGUUUUAAGAACCGAUGGUUUGAAAUGGAAUCUCGAAAAUCAGGUCUGUAGUUUUGGUGGACUAAUAAGUUCCUGCAAUAUCAUCUGCAAACCUCAAAUUACUGUGCUCACACAAGAUCCUGUCAUAUGGACAAUGGAAGCGCCAGAUCCUACUGACUAAGAAACGAAAGCAGCAGUUAAGUCUACAUUUUGUCAUAAUAUUUACGAUUUUCUCUCAUGAAUUCUUUAUCUUUACUAAUUUGACUAAACAAUAGGUAGAAGGAAAUUUAAUUUAUGUUGAUUAUUUACUUAUACAUCCGUAUUCAAACGGAACCCACUCACCACGCAUUUACCCUUCCAACAAGCUUUGUGAACUGAAAGAUACACCUCAGAAAGUGAAGAAAUAAAGCAAAUCAUGACACAUGUUCAUAUUGUUGAGCUUGACAUGUCAUUUUUUUC